UUUCCCAUAAACGGUAACUGCAGAGUGGUCUUUGUUUUGUUCACAAGAGAGAGAGAGAGAGUGAAGAGUGAAGAGAGAUGGUGAAAUCUAGCUCCUGCUUGAGAUUAAUCACAUGCGGCGGUGGUGCGGCGGAGAAAAAUGAUUACCAACCAGUAUCGGAGAUCAAAGAUUCUAAUGAUAAAAGUGGUUGGAGUUUUCGCAAGAGAUCUGCAAGGCAUCGCGUGCUUAGCAAUACUGUGAUAACAGAGACCCCAUCUUCCGCAAAUAAAGAGACUUCAGAAUGUAAAAGUAUUAAUUUUCAACCACUGGAACCUAAGGAGACUUCAGAAUGUACCAGUAUUAAUGUUCAACCACAGGAACCUAAUGUUGCUGAGAAGAAUAACACAACAAAUUUCUCCGAUGAAAAGCCCCAAUUAACCUCUAAUGUUGCUGAGAAGAAUAACACAACAGAUUUCUCCGAUGAAAAGCCCCAAUUAACCUCUAUUGAAAGGUCCGAGUUGUCUGAAACAAUUGUCACUGAAACUGAGUGUAAGGUGGAUGUCAGUGUGCCAGAAUCUGUUGUAAUCAUUCUCCAAGCUGCCAUUAGAGGAUUCUUGGCUCAGAGAGCACUGCUGAAGAGUAAGAAUGUAGUGAAGUUGCAAGCUGCUUUUCGCGGGCACUUGGAAAGGAGGCACGCUGUAGGAACACUGCGAUGUGUUCAAGCUAUUGUUAAAAUGCAACUUCUCGUGCGAGCUCGACAUGCUCAACAGUCACAUUCAGAUGUUCAUUUAAAUCACAAGGAUGGCAAAAACGAUUCAAAAUCGGCUCGUGACCAGCAUGUGACCAAAUCAAAUGUGACAAACACUUCCAUAGAAAAGCUUGUCAAGAAUAGGUUCGCUCGUCAGCUGUUGGAAUCAACACCAAAAAAGAAACCCAUCCAUGUUAAAUGUGAUCCUUCUAAAGCUGAUUCGGCUUGGAAAUGGUUGGAGAGAUGGAUGACUGUUUCAUCAAAAGAUUCUGCAGAGAACAAAAAACCAAUUAGUAUGUCAGAACAAUCAGUUGAAACCAAAGAUAGCACUCCUACAUCUCAACAAUUGGAAACCAGUCUUCCAUCUGAAGUAUUUCUUCAAUUGGCCGACUCAAAGCCUACUGUUGGGGAUUCACCUCUGCCACAUGAGGAUGAAGAGAAUACUGCUACUUAUGAUGCUAACGACUUCAACUUUCAAACAAGCCUCUCUGUACCUUCUCUUGUAAAAGAUAACUUGGAGCAGGCUCCUCCAGAAAAGAUUUUUACAGAUGAUGUGAAAGUAACAUCAACGGAAAUUGAUUCCUUGCAAAAUGAAAAAAAGGAGUCAGAUGCAAGUGUCUUGCAGGAGCCUAGUUCUCCUCCUCUGAAGCCUGAAAUUGAUGGUGAGCAGUGCAAACAAUCUAUGGAAACAUUUGUCUCCGAUCCACAAGAGCCUGAGGGAAAGAAACUCUUACAUGGGUCAAGGAAAUUCAGUAAUCCUGCAUUUAUUGCUGCACAAUCAAAAUUCGAAGAGCUGAGCUCAAUGGCAAAUUCAGGUAAGUCAAGCAGUUUGUCCAAUCAAAAUGCAUCAGUUGAAUCACCAGCAGACACCUCUUCAGUUGUCACAGAUUCUGCGUAUCAAUCAAAAGAGUUCUUCUCAACUAAGAAUUCUGCUUCUGGUGUUUCCGGAGUUGGUGGUUCUGAAUGUGGGACUGAACUCUCUAUUACUUCAACCCUGGAUUCACCUGACAGAUUAGAGGUUGAAACUAUGGAAAAUCAGCAUGAUGCCAAAGAUUUAGUCAAAGGGAUAGGUAGUCCUGAAAACAAGAUGGAUCAUGUUGUUGAGGAUAAUAUUCUGUGUGACACUCCAACUUCAAACUUACCUAUCUCUGACUUGAAUAAAAUAGAACCAGUUUAUGCUGCCGGCGGUGAUAUGGUUGAUACAGUGGUGGUUGGAAACUCCAAAGAGACUGCUGUUGAGCCUGAAAAAAAUUCAUCUGAGCUGUCAAGAGAUCAACAGACAGAAACUGUUCUGCAGGAUUUCAAGUUGUCUCCAAAAGCUUCACCAGGAAGCCAUGUGACCAUCUCUGAAUCUCAAGAAACACCUUCAAGUCAGGUAUCAGUGAAGUCUAAAGGGAGUAAAACCGACAAGUCUGGAUCAAGCAAUCGGCGUAGAAAACUGUCUGUUGGUAACAAGUCUCCUGCAAAUGCAAAUCAUGAUUCAGGCUCAAGAGGUAGCAGAGAACCAUUGCCUAAAGAUCAGCAGAACGGAAAGAGGCGCAGUUCCCUCGGCUCAGUAAAACCUGAUCACGUGGAUCAAGAACCUAGAGAUAAUAGCAGUAACAACAAUUCUGUUCCUCGUUUUAUGCUUGCUACAGAAUCUGCUAAGGCCAAGAUAAGUGCGAAUUAUUCUCCAAGAUCAAGUCCAGAUGUACAUGAGCAAGACAUUCAUGUUAAGAAGAGACAUUCCUUACCUGGUGCCACUGGUAAGCAGGGUUCUCCCCGCGUCCAACAUUCACCAGCUGAAGCUCAGCAGGGUACAAAGGGAAACGGCAUACAUAAUCUUCAUGAGAGAAAAUGGCUGAGGUGAAUCAACACAUGAGAGCUCUCAAGUGUGUUCACAUGCCUCUACAAUGGUUGAUGAUGAAGUUCACAUGCCUCUAAAUGGUCUUUGGAGUGGUACAUUUAGUUUAGAGUUCUGAUUACAGUUGUAUUCUUUGCUUCCCUAUGGAGUUUGUAUGUGACAAAUUGGGUUGGUCUGGGAACAUAUAUAGAAGACUAGAAAGUGAGAGACGCUUGUAUGUAACAUUAUUAUUAUUACUCUCCUCACUCUUUAUAUGUACAUUAUUGUUCUCCUCACUCUUAAUUGUUGUCAUGUUUCUCCACACAGAGUCUGGUACGGUUUGUAAGUCUCAGGCUACUUGUGCUUGUCAUUUCAGAUCAUGUUUGUUAUAAAUGCUUGGAUUGUUGUC